CACCCCUCUUUGCGAAAACACGACAUGAAGCUCGCCAUGAAGCAUGCCGGAGCUCUGCUCUUUUGCUUCACUGUUCUCAUCACGGAAUCCAUUGGGUCGCAAACGAAUCCCACCCCGCCUACAACCACGUCUCGCCAAUAUCAAACACCCAUCAUUGUCCCCAGGGCUAUGGGAAAGCCUUCUCGCACCACAAUUUCGAAGUACCGUCGCCCAAGAAUCCCCCCACUGGGCCUCUCGACACAACAGCUACGAAGUAGCAGCAUCUCGCCGCGUCAAACCCAAUCUACAAGCUUCAGAUAUCCACCCUUCUACUCGCAACAAGGUGCGCCUGUGGCUAGAAGACGGAUGGAGUCGCCCGCUGAGAUGCUUCAGCCUACGUCCAGCUCAGGCGGCAUUGAAGCGUCUUGAACUCAACAUCCAGAGACACCCCUCUUGGACGGACAAAAAGCGGCUCAGAGUCGCAAACGUGUCU